AUGGAAAUAUUCCAUCUUUUCCCCAUUCUAUUCUUUCUUUUCUCACCGGUUUUCUCAUGGGAGAAAUUCGGCGGAGAAGAAGUCAAGCCUGAUGAGUUGAGAUCCUUCGCCCGUUCCGACGGCGACGAGCUACCAAUCCCUUCGGAAAUUCCGGAGAAAAUCAAGAAAUUCUGCGAGAAGGAUCCGAGCUACGAGUUCUGCAUCAAGUUGGGUCUCGGCAAGAAGGACAAGUUCUCGAAAAAUCGAUUUUCCACUGAUUCCGAGGAGGAGGAGAUUACUGUAGAUGACAUGGCCGAGACGAGAGAGGACGAGGAUGAGGUUGUCGAAGAUGAUGCUCCAACUGGAAUCGAUUGUGAAUUGGAGCCAUUGCAUCCGGGAUGUCAGAGAAACGUCUAUCUCGACGCCUUCAUCGCCUGGAAAAUCCAAAAGGAUUGUGAAGUUCGCCCUGACGGCAAAUUCUGUCGGUGUCUCGAGAAUUCUGAAUCCUCUGAUUAUGAAUCCUCACCAUCGACGACGACGUCGACACCGAAGCCCUCUCUCAACCUCUCCGAUAUUUUGCGUCGAAUUCUGGAAGCUGUCGGUGGACGAGCUCCAGAAUCCACUACAGAACCCACGACUACUCCGGAACCGACGACUACUCCAGAAUCCGCUCCAGAAUCCUCUGAAUCUGUGUCCGGACUCAACCUAUUCGCGGAUCUUUUGAGAACGGUGGUGGAGAUGGAGCAUAAUAGUCAUAGAAAUUGUGACAAGAACACUCCAGAAUCCGUGGCUUCAGAAUCCUCUCCAGAAUCGUCUCCACAACUCGACAAAUUCAUACAGCUCUUGGUACAAGUGAUGAAGUUGCAACAUGAAAUGGCUCGGAAUCAGAAUCAGGGAAAAGCGAUUCCAGAAUCCGUGGCUCCAGAAUCCUCCGAAUCCAACCAAGAUGUCUAUAUUGAGCGCCAGCCCCACCGCUUCGCUCCAAUCUACGGACGGAUUCCAGAUGACGUCGAGAAUCAGAAGCAGGAAAGCAGCGUGUGGUACUAA